GAUUUAUCAAUGGAUGACACGGAAGUUCCCGUCCAUAAUAAUAUUGAAUCACAAUUUACAAAACAAUUGUGUCGUGGAGUGAGUCUAUUGAGUGAAGCCAUGAAGUCUCGACUCAAAUGCUUUCAUCUAAACACGAGUCAAAUACCGUUUCUGCGGUUAACUCGCAUUAAAGUGGAGGAAAUGCAUGAAAAACCGCAAAUCGUUGUCAUCCAUCAGUUCCUGUCCGACAAUGAGGUGGAAGUAAUGAAACUCUUAGCCAAACCCAAACUCGUGCGCACCUCCACUAUCAACGAGCAGACAAAGACCCAUCAAAUAGACCGCAACCGGAUAGCAGAGGGCGGUUGGCCUAAGGACUGGGAAAAUUCAGUGGUCAACACAAUCAGCCAACGUAUAGCUCACAUCACGGGAAUGGACAUUAGGCUGGCCGAGGAGUACCAGGCCAUUAAAUACGGAGUGGGCGGCUAUUAUAGGCCCCAUUAUGACGUGUUUGUGCCCUGGGCCACACAAUUGGACGCUAAGAUAUAUGGCGAUCACCUGAACCGAGUGGCCACUUGGAUCAACUACCUGAGCGAUGUGGACGUGGGUGGUGCCACUAUAUUUCCGCACUUGAAUGUAACCGUAUGGCCCGAAAAGGGGUCGGCAUUGCUCUGGUUUAACCUGUUCAAGUCGGGUAUUAUAGACAUGACUACUUUGCAUGGGGGCUGUCCGGUGGUGAUCGGCACCAAAUGGAUUGCCACCAAAUGGAUACCCGAGUUGGGACAGAAUGUAUUACUGGAAGAGAUUAAUUGGAUUAAGGAUUUGAAUACAUAUGUGUCACUCGAGGAGCAAAGACUCAUCAAAAUAAGACAAUUGACGGAUGAGUUCACCCGUCAGAAUUGGGUGGCAAUGAAAGACGUGGACACAUAUGUGGGACAUCCCAUCGAUGUCUACCAUCUCAUCAAACGGUUUUCAGUCGAAUGGAAACAAUUGGAAGAGUUAUUAGUUUCACAGAAAAAUGUUUACCAACAUUACCAGGAUCUCAUUCUGGAUCAUGAAUUAACAGAUGCGGCUAAAGGCAUGGCAACACUUGUGGACACAUAUAAACUGGAUAUCCACUCCUUAGUUGAUGGACUGAUCCGAAAACAGUCUUUUGUAAAUAAACAGUACUUUAAUGCCAUUCAAUGGUUCAAUGAAACCAUCAUCAGAGGUGUGGUCCACGAGAUGCCAACGAAGAUGAAGACAGACCUAUAUAAGUACCUAUCGAUGGCUUAUUAUAAGAUGGGGGACACAAACCAAGCGCUUCUAUAUAUGCAGCACUCGAUUGCAUUGAAUCCAUACAAUGAACACAAUUCUAAUUCUGUGAAUCAAAUCUUCGUUGAAUUGUUUUGGAAGAAGAGGAAGCAGUAG